AUGAACCUGGUUGCCCAAGUUUAAAUAAAAUCUUGGUAAACUCUAUCCACGUUUUCCUUGGGCACUACGAAGGCUUACUGAUUGGAAUAUCUGUUUUAUUAUUCUGAUAUUAGGUCGAGUCGUGGACCAACGUCUCCAAGCCAACGCAACCCACAAUCCAGACUGUAUUUUAUAUCUGUUUCUGCAGCACAGUCAACAAAGAAAAAUAAAAAAAGAACCCUACAAGUAUGUGACAUUGAACUAUAAGGGAAAUGCAUAACAUAAAGCAAACCAGUGUUCGGUUUUCACAUGGCAAGUUUAAGGACCCAUAUCUGUUCCUUGCUUUGCUAUACAACCUUUCUCAGCUUAAUCAGCUGCUACAAUCUGCCAGAAAACCAUGUUGCUUUGUUCAUCUUUGGUGACUCACUUUUUGAUGCUGGAAACAACAACUAUAUCAACACCACUGUUAAUUAUCAGGCAAACUUUUGGCCAUAUGGAGAAACCUUCUUUAAGUACCCCACUGGACGAUUUUCUGAUGGGCGUCUUAUUCCAGAUUUCAUUGCGGAGUAUGCAGGGUUACCUUUAAUCCCACCAUACUUACAACCUGGUAACAAUAAAUUUAUGGAUGGGGUGAACUUUGCUUCUGCAGGAGCUGGUGCUCUGGUUGAAACUCAUCAAGGAUUUGUUAUAGACCUAAAUACUCAAGUAAGUUAUUUCAAGAAUAUUGAGAAAUUGUUGCGACAAGAAUUAGGUGAUGCAGAAGCCAAGAGAUUGCUGGGUAGAGCCCUAUAUAUAAUUAGCAUAGGAAGCAACGAUUACUUUGUCUCUAUUGUUCAAAACUCAAGCAUGCUUCAAUCCUACUCCAAAGAAGAAUAUGUUGCAAUGGUGAUUGGCAACAUUACUGCUUCAAUCAAAGAAAUAUAUAAGAAAGGAGGAAGGAAAUUUGGGUUUCUGAGCUUGGGGCCAUUGGGAUGUAUACCAGGCAUGAAACUGCUUGUGGCAAGAAACACUAGUUCUUGCCUCGAAAAAGUAACAACACUAGCACAUCUGCACAAUAAAGCACUUUCCAUAGCCCUCCAGAAGCUGGAGAACCAAUUAGAAGGAUUCAAAUUCGCAAAUCAUAAUUUCUAUACUUCUUCAAGUGAAAGAAUAAACAACCCUUCAAAAUAUGGUUUCAAGGUGGGGAAUAUGGCAUGCUGUGGCAGUGGUCCAUACAGAGGACAAUCAAGCUGUGGGGGGAAGAGGCAGAUAAAAGAGUAUCAAUUAUGUGAAAAGGCUAGUGAAUAUAUGUUCUUUGACUCUGGUCACCCCACUGAAAGGGCCAACCGGCAAUUUGCAGAGCUGUUGUGGCAUGGAACCCCCAAAAUGACAUGGCCUUACAAUCUCAAAGCACUAUUUAAUUUUCUUUAAUAAUAAUACAUAGCAAUAUUUUUCCAAGACCAGUUGGCUAAAUCCUUGCUCAAGGGUAUGCUUUGUUUGGCUUGGUGUGCCUACAUCUAUCUGAGUUGGACAUAGAAAGGAAUAUCAGGCUUCAUGGUGGUAAGUCAAAGAUCAAUUUCAAAACUCUUGAACUGCAUUGCGGAAUUGAAGGGGCUUAAUCACAUUGCAGAUGAUGACAUUAAUAAGGUUCUUCUCACCAACUGGGAGCUUAGUGGAAAUCUGUUUGAAUUUUGUUGUUUGUAGCUCUGUUUAUACUUCCUUCACUGCUUUGUAGUUUAGUUCCGUUCUCCUGGCAGGCUUCCCCUGCUUCAUUUGAAUAAAUGAAAUUCCAA